ACCAAACCAAACUAAAAUCAGAAGAGGAAAAACAGAGAGAUGGCUUCUGCGGCAGUAGGCAACACCGUCAAAAAAGCUACCACCACUACCACCGGCUCUACUCUUUUGAACAGAUUCCUCCGCCUCAGACCUCCUAUUACGGCCACCUCAACUUUGACCCACCGCUUCCUCUGCUCCAAGUCCGCCGGCAAGUCGUCCACCACAGCAACAUCAGAAUCGGCCCGCGAAAUAGGCGAAAAGACCAGCAACAGCCAGGAAUCUCCUCUUGUAAUUAAAGGGUCGCCACAGGAGUUCAAGAUGGAGAAUCCAUUUCAAUCAGGAGGCCCAAAAGACGUGGUGGCAGUAGAUGAAUUGAAAGAUGGUAUACUUGUGCGAGUUACCCUGCCUGGGAUUGCCCAGGAUGGUUGCAGAGUUUGGGUGGAGAACAACACUGUAUUUUUUGCUGGGAGAGGAGAAAUUGAACAUGAAAGUGAAACUUCUGGGAGGACUUAUGGGGGAAGCCUUGAAUUUGACCCUGACUUUAGUAAAGUUGAGGAGGUUAAGUCCGAGAUGAAGAAUGGGAUACUCAAGAUAAUUAUUCCUAAUGUCGGUGGACUUGAUAGUGUAUUGGGAGGGAAGGACCAAGAGAAGUAAUCUGGUGUAUAAUUUGUUCAAUAUGGAGGGCCUUUAGUUUCAGUUAAGAGUUUGCUUAUGGUUUUUUUGGAUGUUUAAUCCGUUUCAAUGCAGAGUAUGUAUAAAAAAUAGAUGUUAUUACUCCAUCUGAAAUGAAGAGGUGAAUAUUACUCCACUAAUCUGUUGUUGCUGUAAUUUCUAGGUUGAUGAUGCAGUAGCUGAUUAAUUUCAUUU